CUUCCCUUUAUAGUGACGCGGCGGCGGCAGCGCUCCCUGACACUCACGCGCGCUCCAGUCCAGCCGCCGGGUCCCCAACAUGGCGGCUGUCAAACUCCUUUCCUCCUGGCAGUGGUUCUGCGCCCCCGCCCGCGGCUCUGGGGGCCGGUGGUCAAAGGGAUGUGUUUGCUACUUUUCAACCAGCAUGCAUCGCCAUACCAAAUUUUAUACGGAUCCAGUGGAAGCUGUGAAAGACAUCCCUGAUGGUGCAAAGAUCCUGGUUGGUGGUUUUGGGUUAUGUGGAAUUCCAGAGAAUCUUAUAGGAGCUUUACUAAAGACUGGAGUAAAAGGGCUAACUGCAAUCAGUAACAAUGCAGGGUGUGACAACUUUGGCUUGGGCCUUUUACUUCAAUCCAAGCAGAUAAAACGCAUGGUUUCUUCGUACGUGGGAGAAAAUGCAGAAUUUGAACGACAGUACUUAGCUGGUGAAUUAGAAGUAGAGCUGACACCUCAGGGGACGCUUGCAGAGAGGAUUCGUGCAGGUGGGGCUGGAGUUCCUGCGUUUUACACCAGAACAGGGUAUGGGACCCUGGUGCAAGAAGGAGGGUCACCGAUCAAAUACAACAAAGAUGGCAGCAUUGCCAUUGCCAGUAAGCCUAAAGAGGUGAAAGAGUUUAAUGGUCAACAUUUUAUUUUGGAGGAAGCAAUUACAGGGGAUUUUGCCUUGGUGAAAGCCUGGAAGGCAGACCAAGCAGGAAACAUAAUUUUCAGGAAGAGUGCACGAAAUUUCAACUUGCCAAUGUGCAAAGCUGCAGAAACUUCAGUGGUAGAGGUUGAAGAAAUUGUGGAUAUUGGAUCUUUUGCCCCAGAAGACAUCCAUAUUCCUAAGAUUUAUGUACAUCGUCUUAUAAAGGGAGAAAAAUACGAGAAAAGAAUUGAGCGUUUAUCAAUCCGGAAAGAGGGAGAUGUAAAAACCAAAUCUGGUAAACCUGGAGAGAAUGUGAGGGAACGUAUCAUCAGACGGGCAGCUCUUGAAUUUGAGGAUGGCAUGUAUGCUAAUUUGGGCAUAGGAAUCCCACUUCUGGCCAGCAACUUCAUCAGCCCAAAUAUGACUGUUCAUCUGCAAAGUGAAAAUGGAGUGCUGGGUUUGGGUCCAUAUCCAUUACAAAAUGAAGUUGAUGCAGAUCUAAUCAAUGCAGGCAAGGAAACAGUUACUGUUCUUCCAGGAGCCUCUUACUUCUCCAGCGAUGAAUCAUUUGCGAUGAUUAGAGGGGGACAUGUCAAUCUGACAAUGCUAGGAGCAAUGCAGGUUUCCAAAUAUGGUGACCUGGCCAACUGGAUGAUACCUGGGAAGAUGGUGAAAGGAAUGGGAGGUGCGAUGGACCUAGUAUCCAGUGCCAAAACCAAGGUGGUGGUCACCAUGGAGCAUUCUGCAAAGGGAAAUGCACAUAAAAUCAUGGAGAAAUGUACAUUACCAUUAACUGGAAAGCAAUGUGUCAGCCGCAUCAUUACCGAAAAGGCUGUGUUUGACGUGGACAGCAAGAAAGGGCUGACUCUGAUUGAACUCUGGGAAGGCCUGACAGUGGAUGACAUAAAAAAGAGCACUGGAUGUGAUUUUGCAGUUUCACCAAAACUCAUGCCAAUGCAGCAGAUCACAACUUGAAAUGUGGAAUAGACGUUUGUCCCAGGCUGUGUGUUUUUCAUUUUAAAUCACAUAGGGUUUUAUUAAAAGGACAUCAGUAAUCAUAAUUGUAUAUUUAACAAGCAAAUUUUUACUAGUUUUUUCUAGCAUUAUAUGCUUUAUGCACCCAUAUAGACUGUUGUCUCAAAGCAAGCUGUGCCAUUUCAGUGAAAAACAAAAAGAAAAAAUAUAUAUGGUUAUCUUAUUUGUUUUAUAAGCGUUGAGAAGGCUGUCUUUAUAAGUGGUGUUCACAUCGGACUUCUCUCCAUCUUCUGUGGUACGUACACAAACCUGUGUGCAGUUUGUAUCAAGAUGGGCCUAUAGGAAGACUUUCACUGAUGUGCUUUCCCUCCUGACUAAAUCUUGACAUGUAGAAAAAAGAAUGAGGGAGAAAAAUAACUGCCCUCCCCCCCUGCCAGAGUAUACCCACGGCAGCCUUGUACGAUUCCUGAAAGAUAAAAAAAAUUGUGAAUUUUGAUUAAGAGAAAUUCUAUCUUAAUGAUUGUUUUCCCUUCUGCCUCCUCUGACUUUUCUUUUGGAGCCUUAGAUGUUGUGAUUACAUCUCCCUUCCCCCAAUACUUCUUAUAACUAAAUAGAUGCCCAAGAAGGGAAUCAGGAGCAUCUCUGUGUUGGAGAGGUAACUAGUUUGUGGGAAAGACUAAAGGGUGUAGGGUUUGUUGGUGCUGACACUCUACCAGAAGGUUGCCUUUGUAAACCAUCCAACCAACCAUUCGUGCUUUGCCAAAGAGGGAGGUUUAUUAUGGAAGGGGCUGUAAGCCUAACUGAUCUAAUCAGUUUUCUCAUUUUCAAACUGCGGUAUUCGUUUGUAUCCAGUAGGUCCUUAAGAGUCUUUCUCUAGGUUAUUGAGGACCAGUGAGCUAUUUGAAAUACCUCCUCUUAAACCAAGAAGGGCUGUGAAAUUAUUUAUCAUGAAUCCAUAGUCACAAUGACAGCAGAGAAUUUAUUUUUUUUUAGUCUUUCUUUUCAGGUUCUCUUUUCUACUCAGAAAAGUUUCUAAAUAUUGAAUGCCUUUUUCUACAGAACUUUUCUUUCUUCUGUUCAGGCUACUUCCUUGAACAAAGUACUUUUAGUUUGACCCUAUCCAAGUAGGGGAAAUAAUGAUGAGCAAAUCCAGGAAUUGAAGAGCAAUGAGUGACUUUUCACUGUUAGAAAAUAAACAUGAUGCGUUAGGUUUUGUAAGGAACUUCUCCUCAGAGGUAUCCUCAGUACCAAACAGUUACCCA